AUGAAGUACGCGUCGCGAAAGUUCAUCGACCUCAUUCAGGGGGCUACAUCCAAGUGGGCCAACUGGGAUCCACCGAAAAAGAUCAAAGUGGGCGACUAUGGAAUGAUAAUCAAUGAAACUGGAGAAUUCGAUUGGCAAGGGAACAUAUACAGCUCGGAUUUCCAGCAGCAGCUUAAGUCGUCCAAGUAUAAGUUCGACUUUGUAUUUGACCCGACGGAUCCGACACUUCUCCCUCAAGAACAGGAAUCAGGAGAUGAUCAAUUCAUCGUCAAAUCGUGGGGUGUCACUACCAAAGAAGUCAAAGCAUCUCCUGAAGUCGACGUGCCGGGUGCAGUAAGUGCCGCCCUCACAGUCGACUUGCAGUUCGACGGCAACAAACGAGCAGCUGUGUUGGUCAUGCACAAGCCAAGAUAUAGCACCCUUCCGAAUGACGAGCGCAUCAUCAAGCUGCUCAAGUCCUUGCCUGACAUCGUCAAAGGGAAGUACAUCGUCACCGAAGUGAUAUCUUGCGCAGCGUAUAUGAUGCAUUUGUCCGACAAGAAAGCGGAGAAAUUUUCUGUGACCCUCAAAGCCAACGCGCCUGUUGCGCCAGCUGUCACCGCUGGAGGAACAGCCAGUUUCACCUGGGUUUCGGAAGCUUCCUAUGGUAUGUCCCGCCAAGGAAGCGACCCGGCCGCAAGAUACAUGCCCUUGUACAGGCUGAAAAAGCCUCGUUCCAAAUUCUGGGUGUGGCCUCUUACUCACCGCGGGGAUGAGAAUGAUGAUGAUCCGAUUGAGAGGUGGGGGGAUGUCGAUCCACCUUGGGACCCACUCGACGAUGAGGGCGAAGAAGACGAAAUCUAUGAUGCAGAGAUGCAUGGCGACUUCGGCGUUUUCAACGACGGCUAUCCUGAUGAUCACGAUGAUGAUUCUGACUACUGA